AUGUCAGCGCUAUUUGAGUGGGCUUUUGGUAAGAAGCUUACUCCGCAAGAGCGUCUUCGAAAGAACCAAAGAGCUCUUGAGAAGACACAAAGGGAGUUGACUAGAGAGGUUAAUAAGCUACAAUCUCAGGAGAAGACAUUGAUGCUGGAAAUCAAGAAGCUGGCCAAGCAAGGUCAGAUUGCUAGUGCCAAAAUCCAGGCCAAAGAUCUUGUCAGAACUAAGAAUUACAUUGUCAAAUUCAACCUGAUGAAGGCACAGUUGCAGGCUAUCCUGUUGAGAAUCCAGUCCGUCAGGAGCAACCAACAGAUGGGAAGUUCCAUGAGAGAUGCCACUCGACUUUUGCUGGGAAUGAACAGAUCAAUGAACUUGCCCCAACUUUCUAGAAUUGCACAAGAGUUUGCUAAAGAGAAUGAUCUCAUGGAUCAGAAACAAGAGUUCAUGGAUGAUGCUAUAGAUGAUGCCAUGGCUGAUGAUGAGGAAUUGGGUGAGGAUGAGCAAGUGGAUGAGAUCUUGACGAAGGUUCUAGACGAAAUUGGAGUGGACAUCAAUACAAGCUUGAAGGACACACCCAAUACCAUAAAUGUGGAGAGCCCCAGCAAACAGGAUGCCAGAGUUGCAGAGGCAAUCGGUGGCCAUGGCGGUGCUGGUGGUCUGGAGGAGGACGACUUGCAGGCAAGGUUGGACAGUUUGAAGAAGUGA